ACGGAAGAAGAAGAAGGAGCUGCAGCAGCUGAUUCGUUUCUACUGAAGUGAAUAACAUAUCUUUAAUAAUGGAAUCAGCAGAAGAGGGACACGACACCCCCAUGGAUCUACAACAUGAAGAAUUCCAGAAGAUUCUAAUAAAAGAGGAAGAAGUUGAAGAUGAAAGUUUCUUCUGUGAAGGAACCUUAAUCCCUGAGGAACACGUCCCAUCUGAGGAACACCUCACCCCAGUGGAUCAACAGUGUGGAGGUUUCCAGAUGAAGCCUGUGAAGAAGGAAGAACCUGAAGGUACAGAUGAACUCACCCAAAAUCAGCUCCACAAUCACAUCAAGAGCUGCAGUGAUGAUAAAUAUGAUGAUGCGCUGGUGAAAUCUGAGACUGAACAUGAGGAUCUGACGCCCACCAGAAGCUCCAGUAAUCAACAAACGUCCUCUGAUCCUGUCAGCAUUAACACGUCUCACCAGGGGAAACAGCAAGAAGGAAAUGUCUGCUCACAUUGUGGGAAGAGCUUCAGGUCCACGAGUGAUCUCAAAACACACCAGCGCAUUCACACUGGAGAGAAACCCUAUCAGUGCUCACAGUGUGGGAAGAGUUUUACUAAACAGAGUCAUCUUAAACAACACCAGCACAUUCACAUCAGAGAGAAAGCAUAUCAGUGCUUGCAGUGUGGACAGAGUUUUACCAAACAGAGUAGUCUCACAACCCACCAGCGCAUUCACACUGGAGAGAAACCGUAUCAGUGCUCUCAGUGUGGGAAGAGUUUCAAUCAACAGAGUGCUCUCAAAAUCCACCAGCGCAUUCACACUGGAGAGAAACCGCAUCAGUGCUCUCAGUGUGGGAAGAGUUUCAAUCAACAUAGUGCUCUCAAAACACACCAGCGCAUUCACACUGGAGAGAAACCGUAUAUGUGCUCUCAGUGUGGAAAGAGUUUUAUUACACAGAGUAAUCUCAAGAUACACCAGCGCGUUCAUACUAGAGAGAAGCCGUAUCGGUGUUCACAGUGUGGAAAGACUUUUACUCAUCAGAGUAAUUUUAAAGUGCACCAGCGCAUUCACACCGGAGAGAAACCGUAUUAGUGCUGACAGUGUGGGAAUUUUCAGUCGGCAGGGUGAUCUCAGAAUACACCAGCGCAUUCACACCAGAGAAAAUGUGUGGAAAGUGUUUUAAUCAACAAAGUAACCCCAAAAGACAACAGUGCAUUCACACUGGAGAGAAACCGUAUCAGUGCUCACAGUGUGGGAAAUACUUAACUUAUGCACCAACCUUUAAGAAACACAAGUGUGAGGGAUCAAAUUCUACCAAAUACGGUUUAUAUUUUUUAAUAACGUAGCAGCAAUUGUAGUGAUGUUUAGCAUGUGCACAGUUGGGUGACAGUGGCCUCCCAGUUUGUUUACUGACUAAUA